CUCCAUUGAGAAGCAUGAAGCAAAAAAACUAUGAUUAAAAUUCCCACAAGCAUCAAUAGGCUUCGAUUUUUAGAUGCUCAAAUCAACACUUCCAUUACUCCUAAAAUUAUGUUGUGUUGCUACUUGUUAGUGAAUGCAUUCUAAUAUGAUCUACAUAAUAAAAUACCUUUCAAAACAUAACAGUAGAGUGUUUAUUGUACCAAAAUUAUAUAUUUUUGAUAGGCAUGAAAAUAAUGAGUUAGGGCAAAACAUAAAUGUAAUUUUUUUUAUUAUUUUUUGAUCAACAACGUAAAUGGAAAAACUUAAUGCCCAGCAGGACCACAAGCUCAUGUUCGGUCUACUUUUUUCCCUUAAAUCCUUGAUUGCAAAAAUGGAUCCAACAAGUGCAGAGAAGGGAAAUCUUGGGGUGCCUCAGUUACCAGGACAAGGGUGUUCAUUUCACAGCUUUCAUACCAAUACGUACAAACUCAGUUUUAUGGAGAGUCCAUCUGGUAUAAAGAUCAUUCUCGUCACUCAUCCCAGGACUGGUGAUCUAAGGGAUUCCCCGAAGUAUAUUUACAAUUUGUAAGUUGAAUAGGUUGUUAAGAAUCCACUCUAUAGUCCAGGAACUCCAAUCAGUUUGAAUUUUGAAAAAAUAUUACACGGAAAUGCUGAUUUUGUACUCAUCUUCAUUCUUCCACACAAGGUUUUAGUUGGGUUUAAUUUGUAUGUUGGGAAAAUUUCAAUUCAGUGCAAGGUUUAA